AUGGAUGACUACGAGGGGGAAGGAGACACUUUCAUCGAUGCCUCCGGCGUACCUAGGAAGCGGCCCUACGCCAAGCGAUUCGACAAGCCCGACUCGGACGAGGAAAUUGGCGAUGUGACGCAAAUAUACAAUGUGCAGGAGGCGUGGCGGUCGCUGCUCUCACUGCCCACCUGCCAGAAGGUGAUGGUCACCGAGCAUGUGCAGAAGACGCUGAAGAUCCAGGUCGGGCUGAAUGUCACCCAGGAGUUCCCCUGGAAGCAGGUCAAAUUUAAGGACUUGCGGGACACGCUCUUCGAAGAGCUGGAGAAUUCCGCCGAGUUGCACAGACUGUUCAAGGGCUUCAAUCCGGAGCAUUUCAUUUUGAUUGGCUACUGCCCCACACUCACCGAGUCCGAUGAGGAGCCGCCGGAGGGCGAUCCGUUCAUCUUCUAUGUGAACAGCAAGGACACCAAGACCGCCAUGAGCAUCAUCCAGAACAUGGAGGCCUUCGAGCGCUGGCGCAUGCAGCGGCGCCUGCGCAAGAAGCCCCGCCGCUGGGUCAGCCACGGCACCGAGGACGAGAUGAGCAUCAUGGUCGAGCGCUUCAGCGAGCAGCCCGUCGAUGUGGAGAUCCAGAGCGUUUACCCCAUCAAGCAGCCGCGCCACGUCGCCUUCUCCUAUCGCAUGACGCGCGACGUGCGCGACGGCGUUGUCGAGCUGCUGCCCAAGGAGGAAAUCAAGUACGAGACGGUGACCAAGCGUCGCUUGCCCGUGGCCGUCCAGGUGGCGCCGGCCACAAAAAACGUGGAGCAGCAGACAAAUCCGACCUUUCCCUCGAACGCCUGGUCGCAAUAUCUCUAUGAAAUCGAUGAUAAUGAUCUGGAGCUGGAUGAAUCGGAAGUGGAGGAGGAGGAGGUACCCGGCAAGCCGGGCACAAUGCAGCCAAAGCCCAAGCAGAUUCCAGAGAUGUCCAGUCAUAUGCAACUGCUGCUGGAGACACUCGACUUCAAUCAGAUCGACUGCUAUCGCUACGACUAUCAGUUAAUCACAAACAGGCAGGUGGUGCACUACACCAAUCCGUUUCUGGAGGAGUUCAUCUGCUUCGCCAACAUCUCGAAGAGCGACAAACGUUUCGUGGCCAGCUGUGAUUGGUAUCCCAAGCUGUCCGGCCUGGUCGCCGUCUCCUAUGCCUUUAGCACUCCGGUCACCAUUGAGCUGGCCACGAGUCAUGUGAACUUUGUGCAGCGCCAGGUGCUGGAGCCGAAUCCUGUGCUGCUCUGGAGCUUUGCCGACAAUCUCAACUACAAGCUGGAGUUUGAGGCUCCUUUCGAGAUCACCAAGCUCUCGUUCUGCCCCUUUAAUGGCGACAUUCUGCUGGGCGGCUGCCAGAAUGGUCAGCUCGUGCUCUGGGAUCUGCAGGGGCGCUGCGAGCACUUGGAGGACGAAGAGUAUCUGACGCCCGCCCAGGCCAAGUACCGCACGAUGAUCGGUGAGUAUCUCAACUGGACGCUGGACAUAAAUGAGGACGUGGUGGUGGCACCGGCCACCAUUUCGCCACUGGAGCACUCGCCCACGGGCGCCAUCACUGGCAUCUACUGGCUGAGCAGGCACUUCUACCUGAACAACUUUGGCAAGGUGUGCAACGAUCUGGAUAAGCGCGCCAAUCACAAUUUCUUCGUCACUUGCGCCUUUGAUGGAACGGUGAGCUUCUGGAAUCUGGAUGGCGAGAGCUCCAAGAAGGAGAAGGAGGCCCAGCAGCGCAGCAAGAAUCUGCCCAAGGAGCUCACCCAGAACGAAUCGCCGCUCAGGACCAAAACCAUCAAGCCCACCUAUAGCAUCUCCUACAGCGAGCCAGUCACCGGCCUCAUAGGCGACACCUCGGUCUUCUCCAUUCUGACGCCAUCCCCGAAGGUCAUCAACAAGUCUCCAAACAACUAUCCCAUUUCGGUUCUGGCCAAGAAUCCGCCCGAGCUGCGCCAAUCCCUCAUCCUGUCCACCUACUACGGCCACAUAGUGCGCGUGGACUGGCAGGGCAUGUACAGCGAGGCGGGGGCCAAGGAGCAGGUGAAUGCCUCCGUUAAUUUUGCUAUGGUCCACGAUGGACCCGUCGUGGCCAUGAGCAAGAAUCCCUUCUACCCGGAGCUCUUCGCUUCGAUAGGCCGCACCGUGUUCGCCCUGUGGAAGGAGGACUACCACGAUUCACCCAUCAUCUGGCGCAAGCGUCCCUGUGAUCUCACUGCGGUGGCAUGGAGCGAGACGCGUCCCGCUGUCCUGUACAUUACACGCCUCGAUGGCAUUUUAGAGGCCUGGGAUAUAUUGGCCCGUGACGAUGACGCCGUUUUAAGUGAGGUCCUGGGCGGUGGCAUCAUCACAGCCGUCACCGAGCACCGUCCCUUGCUACCCAACAAGAUUCUCGGCAUAGGCGACUACAACAGCAGCAUACGCAUGGUGAAGCUGCCUCACAGCUUCGACGUGCCACUGGACAAUGAAUUGGCCAAACUGAUGAAAUAUGUGCUGCGGCAAAUCACGCGUAAGACGAGCAUCGUAGCCUGGGAGCAAAAGUAUUACGAGCUGAACAAGGACAUCAUCGAGGCGAAGCGUGAGGCCGAGGAGGAGCAGCGCAAGGAAAUGGAGAAACAGGAGCGCGAAAUGCUGAAUCCACGCAAACGCGCCUCCGACGCAGAUGAGGAACAAACCAAGGUGAAGGGCGGAGCUACCUAUAGCGAAAAGAUGGCCAAAAAGUUUGAUGAGCUCAAUUUGCAUCGCAUGAUGACCAUCCUAAUGUCCCGCAAGCAAAUGGACCCCGAGAAGCUAGCGCGUGAGACGGCCCUGGAGAAGGAGCGCCAGAUGUACGAAACGGCCAAGAAGGAGUCCUAUGCCAAGCUGCUGCAGACUGUCGAGGACGAUGUGGCCACCAUACGCUCCCGCAUCCUGCCCGCCGAGGUGCAGGACAUGCAGCGCAGCGAGAUGAUAGCGGAGCGCGUUAAGAACGAAAUGGCCGCCGCCGAGUCCUAUGAGACCAUCUGUGCGCAAGCACAGAGGAAGCUGAAAAAGUUCCCAGAACUGAAGUCCAUUGACUAUAUUGAGCUGCUCGAGCGCGGAAUGCAUCGGCGCAAGCUAUUGGAUCAAUCGCUGGGCGGGAAUACCGAACGUCUGCUGUGGUACCAGGAGAAGCUGCGCGACAAUCAGAUAUUUGAAUGUGAUUUUGGAACGGAUCUGCUGUACAACAGGCGCAAAUUGGGUCCAAAGCCAAAGGUAGAGCCUGUAAUCGAGGUAGAAACACCGUCUGAGGAAGUGGACAAAGGAGAGGAAGAACAAGAAGAACAAGAUUAAGCAUAUUUUGACUCAAUAAAGGA